UCCGGGCCGCUGGAGGAGCCGGGCAGAGGCGGGGAGGAGGAGGAGGAGGGAAGAUGGCGACUCAAGUCAGCGAACUGGAGGCGGCGAAGAAAACCCUGACGGAGGCGCUGGGGGAGAACAUGAAGCAAUACUGGGCAAACUUGAAACUUUGGUUCAAGCAAAAGAUAAGUAAAGAGGAGUUUGAUUUGGAAGCCAGGAGGCUCCUUACUCAUGAUAAUGUGCACUCACAUAAUGACUUCUUGCUUGCCAUCCUCACGAGAUGUCAGAUUAUGGUUUCAGCUCCAGAAGGUACGUCCUCUCUACUAUGGAACAGUCAAUCGGCUGCUAAACCCGGUAAACCUAAAAGCAAAAAAAAGUUCCCAUCCCUCCGGGCAAAGUUUGAACAUCGUUUCCAAGCACAGAACCCUUUGUCAGGGGCACAGAACUUUGUAAUGAAGGAUCCCCAAGAGGAGGAUGAUGUGAAGUUUUGCACUCACACCAUGGUGCUUCCCUCAAGAGGGCAAUUAGAAGGCCGGAUGAUCGUAACAGCAUUUGAAUGUGGGUUGGAUAAUGUUUCUGAAGAUGCAGUGGCAGCAGUGGUGCAUGCAUUGGAGAAUCACCUGAAGGACAUCCUAACGGCAGUGAUAUCCAGGAGAAGAUCAUACCGUUUACGUGACGGCCAUUUUAAAUAUGCGUUUGGAAGUAGCAUCAAUCCCCAGCCAUAUUUAAAGAACAGCAUUAUUGCUUACAACAACAUUAUUGACUGCCCCCCUCCAGGUACACCUGUAAAUACUGGACCGAGCCCUGGUUCCCAUAUCUCAUCAGAUGAUGCAGAGCAACAAGCAGCCCUCCUUUUAGCCUGCUCUGGUGAAGAUAUGUUGGCCUCUCUGCCACCAGUGAACAUGUAUGACCUUCUUGGAGCCCUCCAGGUACACCGGGAAGUGAUACCAGCGCACACAGUCUACGCCUUGAAUAUAGAGAGGAUAUUGGCUCGACUCUGGCACCCGAGCCACGAGGAGCUCGAACAAGAUAAGAUUCACCGACAGAGGCUGGCAGCCAAAGAGGGCCUCGUAUGUUGACUGGCUGUAGUCUGAGUUCUGGAGCUCAGAACCUGCGUCGCAUCAACUGCUUAAAACAAAUACGUUAGAUCCAUCCUCAACCUCCAUUUUGUGUCCGUACCAUCAAUGGAUAAUCUCCACACUAGCAGGCAUUAUUGGCAGAUGUGAGUCUAAACAAAUGCAAGGCAUUACUUCAGUUUGACAGUUUUGAUAAAAUAUGCACCAUAAAUGUCUUAGAAAUGUUGAUCCACUGAGGCAGCAACAUUGCUGGCAUACAUGCACCACAGACGGUUGGUGUGGCCACACAAGCUUUGAAGCGGUCUACAUUUCAGCUUGCCGCUUGUGGUAUUGUCUCAUGAUGUUCUCAAAUACCCUAUUUGUAUUUUCAUAUUUUCCCGUGACAGUGCUGCAUAUAGUUUGUGAUCGUUUUAAAAGAUUGGUUGUCUAAAAUCCUUUCCCAGAACGUGCAACAUGAACUAACAAAACCUUGCACAAUUGCAUCAGCUUUGAUGAUAAUAAUUUAUUUUGGACAUCAGAACAAUCUCAACUCCUUCUCCCCCCCACUACAAGUUAUUUCCCGUUAACUUAUUUUUCCAUACAUGCACAUUAGCACACCUGAUUCUCCCACCUGCCACCUAUUCUGAAGAUGAUAUUCAGUCGUCAAGCAGCAUCUCUGGAGAGAAGAAACUGGUGACGUUUCAGGUCUUCUCCACCAAAAACAUCCAGAGGUGCUGCCUGUCCCGCUGAGUUGCUCCAGCAUUUUAUGUUUCUCUCUCUGGGGUAACAGGGUGCCUUCGGAACUGCAGUUCCUUCCUACGCAUAAACUGGUUACCCACUCUGCUGAAGAAGAGUUGAUAAUUACACAUAAAACAGGUUGAGCAAGAAAUAGCCAUAAAUAUUCAAGGCCUGUGUGGUUUGCCUUUGGUGUUUAACAUCUGUGAACUGACGUGAUGAAAUAACUUUGCUUGGCAACUUCAAAUUCCUCUUUGCUUUUGCUAGUUUUUUCCAGAAAUGUUUUAAUUGAAGGAAAAUAUCCUUAUCAGGAGUGCAUGAUUUGUCAAGGCAUUGUAAUAACGACAUGGAAUAUGUUUAUUUUUGUACGGUAGGAAAUUGAGAUUUAAUCUGUAUAAUACAAGUGCUUUUUGUAUACAUGUUUUUUUACAUUUUUGUUUUACAUGUUUUGUGUAUUUAUAAUUUUAUUUUGUAGUUCAUGUGCAAAAAAGCUGUUAUCAAUUCAUUUAAAUCUCAAUAAAGUCAAAUGUCAUUUA